CGCUCUUCUGCUCUGCGCGACCAAGGUCCCGAGCUUCUUAGGGUUGUGCGCUCGCUCCUUCCCUCCUUCGCCUUCUCCUUCGUCCGAGAUCUGCGCGGUUUCUGCUCUCCGGAGGGAGGUUCUGCUCGAUGAGUUUGACUGAUACAGAAAUGGCUCCUCCUAUUGAGACACCACAGAAAGUUUAUGAAAACGAUCAUCCGUCCCAUCCACCUCUUAAUGAAAGGAUUCUCUCAUCAAUGACUAGGAGGUCUGUUGCUGCGCACCCUUGGCAUGACCUUGAGAUAGGACCUGGAGCUCCUACGGUCUUCAACUGUGUGAUUGAAAUUAGUAAAGGGAGCAAGGUCAAGUAUGAACUUGACAAGAAAACUGGACUGAUCAAGGUCGACCGUGUGCUGUAUUCUUCAGUUGUGUAUCCCCACAACUAUGGUUUCAUCCCUCGAACUCUCUGCGAGGAUAAUGACCCUUUGGAUGUCUUGAUCAUCAUGCAGGAACCUGUUCUUCCUGGAUGCUUUCUUAGGGCUAAAGCUAUUGGGCUCAUGCCUAUGAUUGAUCAGGGCGAGAAAGAUGAUAAGAUAAUUGCUGUUUGCGCUGAUGAUCCUGAAUACCGUCAUUACAAUGAUAUUAAGGAGCUCCCACCCCAUCGAUUGGCUGAAAUUCGUCGUUUCUUUGAAGAUUACAAGAAAAAUGAGAACAAGGAAGUUGCAGUUAAUGAUUUCCUGCCUGCCUCUGCUGCCUUUGAUGCAAUUCAGCACUCCAUGAACCUGUAUGCAGACUACAUUGUGGAGAGCUUGAGGAGAUAGAUAGCCCAUUCCAGCAUUGGUGAUGCUGAUCUCCCGAAGUGACCCGAAUACACAGAUAAUGAUGAUAGUAGUAUACAGUAUCUAUAUUUUACUAUAGGAAACUGGGUAUUUUGCUGUAUGUACGAGCAUUGUUUUCAUGGUUCUGUUUAUAUUAUGAUGGUGGAUUGGCUUUCAUA